AUGAGACAACUCGCCGAGAAAUACGGACCGGUGAUGCAGCUCCAGCUCGGGGAAGUGACCAACGUCAUCAUCUCCACUUCCGAGGCCGCGAAGCUGGUGAUGCAAACCCACGAACUCGUCUUCGCUUCCAGGCUGGCUCCCCACCACCAUCUUGUACGGCUGCAACGACGUCGCCUUCGCGCCCUACGGGGACCACUGGCGGCAGAUGCGGAAGGUCUGCAUCGUCGAGCUUCUCAGCGCCGGGUUCUCAGGGUGAUCCAAACUCUUCCUCUGGAGAUGGGUCUCAAGGAUCUCAAGCCACUCGAGGAACUCAAGCGGGAAAUGGGACUGGUCCUCGCGCUUUCCAAUUUGGAUCGUUUGAUGAGCAGCAGCAACAACAGAUCUUUGCUGGAGCUGGAGUCAGAAACGAUGUCAUAA